CGCGUACGUGGAGAAGAAGGUCACUAUAGGAUGCCAUUGCCAGUGGAGCAGGUCAUCGCGUUCGCGCUGUACAGGUGGGCGUCAGGAGAGACGUAUGAGAGCGGCACGUCUGCCUUUGGCAUCGGGAGAGCAACUGGACUGCAGGCCGUCCGCGACGUCACUUCGGCACUGCUGCAGGCGUACCCAAACACGAUAAAGUGGCCAGUGGGCCGUAGACACGCGCAGAUUCUGCGCGCUUUUCGUGACAAGGGUUUCCCUAACUGCUUCGGCGCAAUCAACUGCACACACAUCUUCAUUGACAAGCCCGCCGGCGCACCAUCUACCAACUACUACGACUGCAAACAAAAGUUUUCCAUGCAGGCGCAGGUGGUAGUGGAUUUGGAUCUGCGGAUCAUGGAUGUCCACAUCGGAUACCCGGGAAGCGUGCACGACGUCCGUGUCCUGCACAAUUCCCAGUUGUGGAGGCGUGCACAAGCUGGUGAGCUGUUCGACGCACCUCCGGUGAGUCUGCCGCACGGAGUUGUCACGCGAGGUUGCCUGCUAGGUGACAAUGGUUAUCCUGUUGUCUGCCCCUGGAUCGUGCAGCCGUACGGAGGAAUCGACCAAGGUCCUGACGAGGAGCGGUUUGACACGCGGCAGAAGGUGGCGCGGGGGUGUGUGGAGAGAGCUUUCGGGCGGCUGAAGUGCAUGUGGCGUCUUUUCUUGCGCACCCACAAGACGAACCUGGAUACCUUGCCGCAACAAUUUGUGGCAGUGUGCACUCUGCACAACAUCCUCCUAGAUGUCGGGAUCAACUUCGAUGGAAACCUGUUGUGGGAGGUGGAUGAGAAUGGUGUGCGCCGGAGAGUGGACUUGGGCAUUGUGGGGAACGGCGCGGGCGGGCGGCAACGUUGCAUGAACGUCGACGGGGACUUGUUGCAUGACGCUCUUCGAGACCGGCUGGCUUUGAUGUAGGAGCACGUAGACGCGUGGUGGGGGUUUGGUGCGUGUAUGUGUAGGGUGUGUGUGUUUCGGGGGUGUAGGGAUUGUGGACGUGGGUCGGUGCGAUCGGUAGGAGGGUUCAUAUUUUGAAGUGGCCCGUGGCCCGUGGUCGUGGUCCGCGAAGUAGCUGUGUGUAGAGCGGACGGAUGCAUGGUCGUCGGUGAUGACUUCGUUUGCUGUGUUCGUCGUGUGGAUGGUUGUGUGGUUUGCACGUACGUGCGAACAUUUAAUAUU